AUGACAGAGUCAGAUCAAAAGAGAAUUCAUACUCUACUUCGCGAAUUACAAAGUUUAAUUAAAAAUGCGCAGGAACAAUGGGGCAUUUCAUUAACAGGGCAGGGAACUGUUAACGACAAGCUUAAAGCAUUUGCACCUGUUGCUAAUGCUGUUCAUCCUCUUGGGCCUGUUAAUAUAGUCGGAUUAUCUACAGAAUUCUCACAAAAAAUUGCUUUGAUACGUUCAACAAUAUCUAAUUUUCGAAAUACAACUGUACAUGAUAUAUCACAACUCAAUUUGAGUAUCGGAACUGAUCCGUUAUUAAAAAAAUAUCAAUUAGCUUUACAGGAAGAAUCCCUUCGUCUCAAUACGGUUUCUGAAGUUCGGGAAAAUAUCAGGAUUUGUAAAGAAUUAGCUUUAGAUACAUGUCAAAAUAAUCAGGAUACGUUUAAAUUCGUAAUCCAACAGACGAGUGAUUUUGGUAAACAACUUGGACUUAAGGUGUGGGAUGUAGAAAAAAGUCAUGGUUCCACUCUUAGAUUAGCGAUAAGUGGAUCUAUUUGCGUAAUGGACAUUGAAUUUGAUGAGACAGCGCAUAAAAUAGUUCGAGUCACAAUUACUUACACGCACACGCCUAAAGAUGACGAUCGCAUUGACAAUUUGCUGACACUACAACUUAGUUCUGCUUUGAGUGGUGAUAUCCAAAAAAUUUUAACUGAUGGUCAUGGAAUCCCAUUGUUUCAUGUGGAGCGAGUUGGCCCUUCUAUUGCAUAUUGGGCACCCAAAUCCCGCAUUUGUGAAACAGAUUGGAAUAAUGUUAAGGAUAUUGUUGCGAAAGGCGACAAUUGUGAGAGUCUCAAUUCAUUCUAUCAAUUAUGGAUUAUGAUGGAAGAAUCUCGGUCAAGAAAUACAUUUCUUCCCAUGGAGAGAAAUCAUUAUUUAAUUGAGGAAAGCGAUAAUGUAGUUGAUUUGUUUGAAAGUUAUGACUUCAUGCCCCAAGAAUUUACGUUUCCACUGCUUCCAACACCAUUGAAGUUCUUACAGCAACCAAAAGAUGGUUCACAUACGUCUGCAAACAUACAAUUUGUUUUAUUGCUUUGUCCACCAGUAUACGUUGCUGACACUGUGGCCAAAGAAAUUGAAGAUUUAAUUUGUAUUGUUAUGCCAGGAUUUUUUGGGAGCAGAAUUAUGACAGAUGAUCCUAAAAGUUUGUCACUGGAAGAACUUUUGAUAUCAGAUAUAGCUCCACCAGUUAGGAUGGCUCGUGG